CGCCGGGAGCCACCGCGGCGGAGGCGCCUUUGCCGGUCCCCGCCGCUAGAUGGCGGCCGGCGUCAUGUUGAUACCCUAUGGGGACCUGGAGGAGUCGGGUGAGGUCUCCUUUGAAUGGAAGACCCAGAGGCAGGAACUGGAACUACUCGACUCUUUCCAUCCAUUUCCCCAAGCGGAAUUAUCACGACAGGAUGUGCAGUUACCCAUCUCAGCCCCAGCAGAGACGGAGAACGAAGGGUCUAGAGAAGAGCAGAGCGGCCUCUCUGUGAGGAAACAUGAGCGUGAUGUGAAGAUGGAGUCUGAGGAAGAGGCAGCCUGCUGCUGCUGCUGCUGAAGAUGGGGUGUGAACAGCUGGAGCUGAUCAAAAAUGAUGAAAAGGAGGCUGAGGAAGGAGAGGCUGACUCUUGAGCACAGGGUGGAAUUUAGAAAUCAUAUCCCAUCAUUCCUCUACCUGAGACUGGUGAGAGACUGAAGUAACAGCAGCUCCUCUCCCCUGGUGUCUUCAGCGCAUCCUCACUGUUCUCCCUCUCUUCUUUAUCCUUCCUGUGCUCAUCCAGUCAUAAUAACCUUGCACCUGGCUCCACAUUCACUUCCUCUGAUGCUCGGGGUAGCUAAAUCUUACCCUUUAAGUCUUUCUCUAAAUUUUGGUACCUCCUGGACUUCACAAUUAAAAGAUAUUUUUUAAUCAAAAACAAACAAAAACAAAAAACAAAACCUUGAAAAGGUGCUCUCAACGAUUAUAAUACGUGUGUGUGUGUGUGUGUGUGUGUAUGUGUAUGUGUGUGUGUGUGCGCGCGCGCGCGUAAAAUAAGGAUUUUUAUCUAAACUAUAUGAAGAAUCCAUAGGAAAUUAACAAAAAUUGGUCAGGACUUCACCAAGCUCUUUAUGAAAGAGUGUGUCUACUAUAAUUUGGAUCUGAAGUCUCAGAGGACCAGCCUGUGGUGCUGUUGGGAGGUGAUAGAAACUUCUAGAAGUGGGGCGUGGCAGGAGGAAGUUUCCUGGGUGCCAUGAGGUGAGUACCUUUCUCUUGCCCUGUGCGCCUCCCUUGAGUUCUGCCUCACACAGGCGCAAAGGCUGUGGGGUCAAAUGACCACGAGCUGAAACCUCCUAUAUAAUCCUUUCCUGCUUGAAAGCUAUUGUGUCAGGCAUCUUAUCACAGUGCUGGCAAUCUGUCUAACACCAUUUGUGAAUGACUAAUGAACAAAAGAGCAGAAACAUUGCUGAUCAAGAAAAUCAGAAUAAAGACAACAAUAAAAUUCCAUAGCCCUCAGAAGAGCAGAAGAUAGAAAGUUUCAGUGAGGAUGUAGAAUUACUAGAUUUUCCUCUUUUCUCUGCUCUCACCCCCCUUUUGAGACAGGAUCUUGUUUUGUAGUCCAGGUUAACCUCGAACUCGAAGUGAUCCUCCUGUGUCAGACUCCUGAGUGCUGAGAUUAUGGCAUAAGCUAUUGUGGUGACUUCAUGUUUGUUAUUGGUAGGGUAAAUAGUUAUGACCAAAAAGACUUAUGUGAGAAUAUUUAUAGCAUAACACUGUUUAUAUCAUGCCAGUGAUCAUACAACAAUUGUAAAUGUCAUAGUAUAGUAUAGUCAUAUGAUAGAACAAUAUAUUGCAAAGAAAAUGAAUAAUUUUGUAUGAUUUCAUUAGAAAUCUGUUCAGAUGUAUUUAUUUAAUAUGUAUGAGUAAAGGGACCAGCUCCC